UUCCAUACUUUAGAGCCGCUGGGGGAGAGGAUGAGCCGCGGUUCUGCCUCGCGGCUAGGCGCUACUGCCGGCUUUCUCCGGUUCCUUCCCGGCGUCGGGAAGUCUCUGGAGUUUUUUUUUUUUUUCCCUCCUAAACUGCCAUCCAAAUUAAUAAUCCUCCUAAUAACCUGAUCUCCCGCUCCUCCCCACCCGCCUGCCUCCCGUCCUGGCUCCUUACUCCUCCCUCUGUCCUUCCCACCUCCUUGGUCGCAGCCGGAGGGAAACUCAACAGCUGCCGGGGGUUGGGGGUGUCCGAGCCCGGAAGGGGGUAUCGGAGCCUGGGGUGUCUAGGCGAUGAUCCCCGGAGCUUUUGUUUGUCUUCUGCUCUGAGAACUCCGGUUGCUGCCGUCGCUGAGCGCCGGGCUCGUCGCAUCCCCAGCCACCUCAUUCCCAAAUUAAAAGUCAACAGGGGAAACUCGAGCAGACACCUCUCCUCUCCCGGAUCCCUCCCGUCUCCCCCGCCCCAGGUCCGCAGGGGUGACUGCCGGGUGCGGAGGCGGCAGCCGAGGCCGAGGCAAACUGUGGGUGACCGCGCUUGUGGGGGACUUUGCCAUCCGUUCACUGGGACCUGGGAAGGAAGAACCAGCAGCUCCCCACCCCCCUCUCCUCCACCACCAUUUUGGAUACUCCGCAGGGACGCGUUUUGGGGUUCCCACUGACUUCCAGGAAGGACGCGUGCCCCUCUCUGACCCCCAGCUCGGGUGGCCACCUGUCUUUGCCGCGGUGACCCUUCUCCCAUGACCCUGCGGUGCCUCGAGCCCUCCGGGAAUGGCGCGGAAGGGACGCGGAGCCAGUGGGGGACCGCGGGGUCGGCGGAGGAGCCGUCCCCGGAGUCGGCGCGUCUGGCGAAGGCCUUGCGGGAGCUGAGUCAAACAGGUUGGUACUGGGGAAGUAUGACUGUUAAUGAAGCCAAAGAGAAAUUAAAAGAGGCACCAGAAGGAACUUUCUUGAUUAGAGAUAGUUCGCAUUCAGACUACCUACUAACAAUAUCUGUUAAAACGUCAGCUGGACCAACUAAUCUGCGAAUCGAAUACCACGAUGGGAAAUUCAGGUUGGACUCUAUCAUAUGUGUCAAGUCCAAGCUGAAACAGUUUGACAGUGUGGUUCAUCUGAUCGACUACUACGUUCAGAUGUGCAAGGAUAAGCGCACGGGCCCAGAAGCCCCCCGGAACGGCACUGUUCACCUUUAUCUGACCAAACCGCUCUACGCUUCAGCUCCACCUCUGCAGCAUCUCUGUAGACUCACCAUUAACAAAUGUACGGCUACCAUCUGGGGACUGCCUUUACCAACAAGACUAAAAGAUUACUUGGAAGAAUAUAAAUUCCAGGUAUAAGUGUUUCUCUUUUUCUAAACAUGCCUCACAUAGAGUAUCUCCGAAUGCAGCUAUAUAAGAGAGAACCAAAACUUGAGUGACUGCUCUGGAUAACUACGGAAUUCUAAGAACAGCUGAAGUCAAUCUAAUUUAAAUGUGUGAUGAGGUAGCUAGGUAUUUAAAGUUCCCUCCAAUAUUUUCACCUGAGUAAUGCUUCCCUUCCUAAGGCUGACCAAGACUAGUUGAUCCUUUUAAGUUAAAAAUCAAAUAUCCCAAGUAAAGGCUGAUGUAACAUUUUAUCAGAAUGCCUUGCCUAUCUGAGGUUCCUUUCUUUUUGGUAGAAGGUCUAGUAGUAGAGAACUCAACAUACGUAGGAGUAUGUAGGAAUAGGUAGGAAUACUGAAGAAGGGGGAGGAAACUGACACAGGCUUAACUUCAAUUUUAUAUAUGUGCCUGGUGAUCAGUCUAUUUUAGGCCAUUUUAUAUUUUGCAUUCUGACGUAGCUAGGGGUUUUAUUGGACAGAUAUGCUUGUAUUUAUCCUUCAUUUUAUGCAAUUAACCAAAUCAACCAAAAAAGUGACCAUGAAAUCCUGUAUUUGUCUUUUUACUACACGUAUGAACUCUCCCACGUGAAUGAGUACUGUAGUAAUCCAUUUCAAAGGGAGCCUUACUUCAGAAAUAUUUCAAACUGGUGCAAACAGAAAAGACUUUUGUCUUUUCCUUUAAGGCUAAAGACAAGAAUGUCAUGCUCUACAGGUGCCACUCAAUCCCUGUUAAUAAAACCAUGUAGAUACAGACAUUUUACCCUUUGAAGUAGCUGUGUCCCAACCUGUUGCCAUGGAUUUUUUGGAAAUGGCUUUAGAAAUUUCCAAGUCGUCCUUGAAUUGUCUAACCAUGGCCAUCAGUAGUUGUCUCCCUUCUACCAUGUAGAAAACUUUGACUUAAUUUUCUUCCAGCUGUAGGGGGAUACCUGCCUGUUUUUCAAAGUGUUUAUUUACUGCUGUUACUAUUUGAUUAGAAUGUAUUAAAUAAAAAUACCUGACUUUUACAAGUUGCACUUAUUACUUUGAAUCAUAGAGAGCAUGCGCUGUCAUGGUAAUAGAGGGUUGCCAUAAAAACUUACGUCACGUGGAGCCAAAUAUACAACAAGAGGUAGAGCAUUACUUGCCCUUCUCUGAAGUUAUGGGUCAUACUUCCCCUUUGCAUUUUGGAAAGCGUGCUUUAGAAACUACAAGAAUUGCCAAGUUGAAUAGGCAUAACACUCAUGCCCUUUGUAUUUCCAAAAAUAUGGUUUAGAAACUAUAAAAAUUGUGACACAUCUGAGUCUUGCUGGUU